CAGAAAAACCAUCUGAAGACCAAAGUCAAUCAGCUGCUUCGAAGAGCAUCGACUGCUUCCGCCAUGGUUGAGGGAAAACGUGAAUCGAAGGACGGUGACAUCGAUAAGAAAAGCAGCGGCAAGAAAGACUCAAUCCGCCGAUGGUCAGAGGGGACGGUGUUGGAUGAGAGCACUGGUGAAGAGGAGGGAGGAGGGGAAGCCCAGCACGGAGAGAAGACAAAAAAGAAGAUGAAAAUCAAGUUUGUGCCACACAGAGGUUUUACCAUCUCUGUAGAAAAGAAAGGUGAUGAGCCAAAGGGAGCACACGGAUAUUCACCUCGCAAAAGCUCCAAGGAGAAAUCACCUGAUGAAGUUUUUGGUGCACACGGCUACACGCCUCGUAAGAAGUCGCAGGAUGAUGCUUCCGAGCAUGUAGAGGAGGUGAGAAGCCACAGUCUUCAGUCAACUAGCAAGGCUGCUUUCAUGGAUGACGAGCACUUGCAGAGGACAAACCAUUUUUCUCCUGGACUAAACGGAGAUGAAGAGGCUUACGGGAUGCAAGACUGCAAACCUAAGAAACCAACUAAGAAGAAACUGCCGCAUAUGGCUCGUCGAAGUUCAAAGGAGAACAUGUUGGAUGAUGCCAGUCCCCAGAAAAAGAAGAGCAGCUUCUCCGGAGAAGACUUGGACAUCGAAGACCUAAAUACAAUGGAGUCAUGCAAACCGAAAACCUUCAAGCAUAAAGCUCCUAUUCCUGUCCCACACAAACCGAAGACAGCCAACGGACAGAGUGAACCGAUUGGACUCAGCCCCAGCAUACUUCAGCAGGCAUCAAGUGAUCUGUUUGCCGAGGAGGCAGUGGCGGGCAAAGACUUCAUGGGUCCCGAGAUGUACGAUAGCGAACAAGACGAACCGGACUCCUGCAAACCGAAGAAGACGUCGAAACUUAAAGGCUUCAAAAAAUACAAGGCUAAAAUCAAAGCCAUGCAGCUGGAGGGUGAAGAUCCACCAGGAGCUACGUCUAGUGAUUAUCUGUCAGAGGCUGCGCAGGCCGAGUGGCUGGCCGCUCAGAAGGAUGAGCGCGCCAUCACGGGAAUGGAAGAUGAUGAUGAGGAAGGGGACACUGACAGCUUGAUGGAGUGGUGGUACACAGUGGAGCAAUGGGACGAGCUGCCGUCAGACGAUGAGGAUAUAAAAGAGGAUGAGUCAAAGUCUUUCACCAUCUUGGCUGACAAGGUUCACCGCGGCCUGCGCGUCUUCAACAAGGUGUUCACAGAGCGAGCAGAGAUCCUCUGGCAGUCCAUCAUCAUGCUCCACGCCAUCGCCGACGACAUCAGCGAAUUCCACCACAAAGCCAAGAUCGCCGGCAUCACCGGCGGCACCACCACCGCUGUGGGCGGCGUGACGGCCAUCGCCGGUUUGGCUUUGGCACCGUUCACGUUCGGCGCCUCUCUGGUGAUCACAGCUGUGGGAGUCGGCGUGGCAACAGCUGGAGGAAUCACUUCAGCCUCCGCAGCCAUCUCAGACAACGUUAACAACAUGCACGACCGGAAGAAGGUGGAGGUAGUGCUGCAGGACUACGAGAACCACCUGCUGGACAUCGGGAAGAUCCUCCACUUCAUCAACCAGGGCCUGUACAAACUGCGGGGCCACCCUUUCCUCAGGUCCGGCACCCAGCAUUACUCCGAGGACUGGGAGAUCCGCAAGGCCGUCCAGAUGAUCAGCUUGGUGGACUCGCCCGUGAUGAGGGCGACGGAGAUCACGGACGCCGCCGUGGCCUCGCUGCAGGGCCUCUUCAAAGGAAUGGACAAGUACUUCAUCAAGGACUCCAGGGAGCUGAAGAAGGGCUGCAAGAAGGAGAUGGUGGGGCAGAUAAAGGAGGUGGCGAACGUGCUCAAUGACGGCAUCGUGGAGCUCAACGCCAUCAGAGAGGAGCUUCAGGAUGCGACAGGAAGCAUGUGAGCAGCAUGAAGUGGACAAUGUUAUUUCUCAAAGAUCAUAAGUGCCCUCUUGUGGCUAAAUGAAGGAACUGUUGGUCAGAUGCACACCUGCUGUGAAGUUAACAUCUGGUUAUAGGGCAUUUAAACAACUCCUAUAUUCUGAUAAAUCACAAUAAUCCAGCAAAAAUACAACCUCUGUGAAGCUAGUAAUGCUUAUUUAUUUGUUGUGUUUGUAGCAGAGAGGUGAUGCCUUUUUUCUUUCAACUAAAGCUGCAGGGAUUUACAGUAAAAUAACACAGACCUUUUUUGUUCACCUUAUCUGCCAUUAUCUGGGUAAAAGGCUUCACUACUGGGUGAAUAAUGGACUCAUGACUGACACAAUCCCAUUAAAAUGUACAAACAGAUAUUUUUGUAGGGCAUUUGUCUUAAAUUGUAUUUUAUUGUCAGAACUUCCCGAUAUUUUUGUUCAAAACUUCUGUCAGAAAUCACUACCUGAAAAUCUACAGUGGAACUCGAUAGGAGAAAUCUGUUCAGACAAGCAUAACAUAUGGUUGUGUUGUUACAGUUUUGUGGUGUUAAAGUCACUGUUGUUAGUGGAGGACAACACUUUAUCCUGUAAAUGUCUUUUUUCUCGUCCCAUCAUCUUAGGAUUGUAUCAUUUUUAGAUGCCUCUUCUUAAAGGAGCCUCAUGUUAACAAUCGAAUAAAGUUGUAUAUAGGUUAAUUUAUUUGAAAUGUAUCGCCUCGUGGCUUUGCUUCAAAAAAACUAUUUAAAAUAUAACUAAGGAAGAAUCCUUAUUUUAAUGUCGGUGCACAUCAGUUGACCUAAUCUUACUGUGGCCUAUUCAUCUGCAAAUCCAGUUUGUAAUGCUGCCAAAAUAUUUACAUUAUUCAUUCCUACAAGUCACGCUCUUAGACACAGUUUGUAAUGUACACAUGUAUUCCAUUUUAGGUGUGGGCAGAAUCACUUUUAUUGUUCAUUGUUGUUGUUUUUAUCUACAAAAACCGUUUGACUCCAUGUAAAUGUGUAAAUAUGCUCCUGUCAUUAUUCUGUCAGCUUGUGUAUGUCUUCCUGUAUUUUAUUAACCUGAAUAAAAUGUACCUGUAAAGAUUUUAAAA